AAACAAAUCCGGUUUUUAUUUUCUGCAAAGUGAAAUUUACGUGAGUUGUGUUUCGCAAAUAAUUAUAAUAAACAUUUUACGGAAUCCAGCCGAUUUGCCUGUUCUACAGGCCGAACAAGUUGCUAUUUUCCAUAAUAUAUUGCUUGAAAAUUUUAUAGUGAAGGUUUUCUGCCGUAAACAAGUUAUACAGUUUACGACCUGAAAAAUGGAAUCACUGAACUUGAUAGAAUCGCGUCUCGAUAAUCUGAACCAGUUGCUUGGCCCGCUACCAACCGGCGACAGUCAGGUGGAAAACCUAACGGAUUCGGUACUGUCGGCUGCAUCGUUUCUGCCCUCAGCUAGUACGGGGCACCUUGCCGAUGGAAGUGCCCGAGAUAACAUUUUGCAAGUGUUCAAACGAAAGGAUGAGUUGGAAGCGUAUCUGGAUCCGUCGUAUCUAGACGAAGAACAGGAUAUUAGGGCAAAAGAAAUUUACAUCAACACCAUUGCCAACGAUCUCGCUGGAACGUUCGAAACAUUGCAGAAGAUUAAAGCUCUCGAGCCGACUCUAGGAGCGGAAUACUUUCGUAAUCUACCGGAUGUUAGCGAACAGUUGAAAACGAUGACGGAAAAGACGGCGGAACAGAAACAAGCAAACGAUUUGCUGGAGGAGAGCCUGGUAAUUGCAAUGCAGCGUUACAGUGAAAUUCAAACCGGCAUUAAGGAUUCUCUUCGCGCUAUGAACGAUCGUUUGGAUAGGUUGGAGGAACGGUUGCUGGAGAGGAAAAAGCAAGAUAAGGAUGUCUAAGUACGAUUUGUAUGAUAGGUUAUACAUUUGGGAGUACAUUUUGGCAUUGCUUCUAUGAUAUAGAUAUUUAUUUAUACUUUGCUUAUAAUCAUUACUAAACUAUAUUAGCUUCGAAUAAAGAAAGCUUAGCCCAUUGGUAUUUUUAUUGUUA